UAUUAAAACAAGCGAGAGAGUCUAGUCUUAGGAGUAUGUUAUGUUGAAUCGGAAUAGAAAAGGAGGUGAACGGCACUGGAAGUUGUAAAAGUUAGUGCUGUGAUAACUAGAAGGGGAUUGACAUACAAAGUUGUUUUGAGUGGGACUUAAACCAGAGUUUUCGACCUCUUAUCUGAAAUAUAUCUCUCAGUGUGGUUUUCUUUUAAACACAGUUUGCUAUCGCCGUGCAAAGGGGACUUACAGCGUUGAUUCUUUUUGUGUGGUGGUCGCCAGGGUUGUGGAUGUCUUAGUUUUAAAAGAAGAAGUAUAAAACAGAAGAGGCGAUCAUGUCAAUGCUUCCAACUUUUGGUUUUACUCAAGAGCAAGUUGCGUGUGUCUGCGAAGUGCUCCAACAGGGGGGCAACAUAGAGCGCCUUGGCCGCUUUCUGUGGUCCCUACCAGCCUGCGAACACCUUCACAAGAACGAAAGCGUCCUGAAAGCCAAGGCCGUCGUGGCUUUCCACCGGGGCAAUUUCAGAGAGCUGUACAAGAUUCUGGAGAGCCACCAGUUCUCGCCACACAACCACCCCAAACUACAGCAGCUCUGGCUCAAAGCGCACUACGUCGAGGCUGAAAAGCUCCGGGGCCGCCCUCUAGGGGCAGUGGGGAAGUACCGUGUCCGCAGAAAGUUCCCGCUGCCCCGGUCCAUCUGGGACGGCGAGGAGACCAGCUACUGCUUUAAAGAGAAGAGCCGGGGCGUUCUGAGGGAGUGGUACACCCACAACCCGUACCCGUCUCCGCGGGAGAAAAGGGAGCUAGCUGAAGCCACCGGCCUCACCACAACCCAAGUCAGCAACUGGUUCAAAAAUAGAAGACAGAGGGACCGAGCAGCAGAAGCCAAAGAAAGGUACGAAGAAAACAACGAGAAUUCAAACUCCAGCAGCCACCAUCCAUUGACUUCUUCCAUGAAUGGAAAUAAAUCAAUUUUGGGGAGCUCUGACGACGAGAAAACUCCAUCGGGGACCCCGGAUCACACGUCGUCGAGCCCUGCUUUACUGCUGACUUCGAACUCUGGACUCCAGCCUCUGCACGGGCUGGCCCCGCCGCAGGGUCCCAGCGCGAUCCCUGUUUCCAGCGCAGACGCUAUGCAUCAUCACCAUUUACACGAUGUCAUCCUGAACCCCAUGUCGUCCAACUUGGUCGACCUUGGCUCUUAAAACAACAACAACAGCAACAAAAAACUACAUCUUUUUAUUUUCUUCUGACAUAAGUGAUGUACAAAAACCAAAUCAUUAGCGGAUAGUUUAUCAACAAUGGGAAGGCCUGAUGGAUAGCUGUUGUUUAAAGGUACCGUAUUAGAAUGUAAAGACAAACAGCAAGGUACGAUGUACACAGUCUUAAUGUUUUUUUUUUUUUUUUUAAAUCUUGCUGGAUUUCAGUUGAUCGAUUUAGAUGGACCCCACCUCCUCCUUACCCCCC